AUGGGAAAGGCUUCUCUGGUCUUCGUUGCAUUUCUUAUCUCCUUCGCCUUAACGGUCGAUGUUAGAAUCACGGGGGUUUACCCUGGGGAUCCUUGGCUGCAGAGUGCUCAUGCUCCCUUCUGUGGAGGCACUGAUGCCUCUGGCACUAUGGGUGGAGCUUGCGAACACGGUGACAUAUACAGCCACGGGUAUGGCGGCAACACGGAGGCGCUGAGCACGGCACUAUUCGACUUUGGGCUGGGCUGCGGCUCGUGCUACGAGGUAAAGUGCGCAAAUGACUCGCAACGGUGUUACUCUUGGAGCCUCUCCAUAUUCGUCGCGGCCACUAACUUCCGCUAUGCUCUUCGGAACCACAGUAGCCGCAAGGCACCCUCAGCUGAAACAGGCGUUAAAACUGGCACUCAAACGCAGUAUUGGUGGGGACAGUCAUGGUCGUUUACGGUGACGGGCAAUGACGGACGCACGUCCACCUCUUGCAACAUCGUGCACUGGCAAUUCAGUCAAACUUUCACUGCCCGGAUCUUCGAGGUUUGA